GGUAGUCCCCUGGUUAUACUUCAGUGGCUAUACUUCACUUUAAGUUACAGAGUCACUAAUGAUCCUCUGUGGAGGCAGCGGGGAACUUCACAGACCGCCAGCAUCUCAGGCAGGCCUAAAUCCAGAGAAAUCCGACCGUGUCUCAAGCAGUAGCAGCCUCAGGGUCCGCAGGAUCCCUGGGUCUGGGUCUGUCGAACCGUCCUUCGUCCUCCGUGUUGACUCCUGUCUGCCUCUGCCUGCCCCUUCAACCAUCCUGGUCUUCCCCCGGUCGGCAAACACCCUCUCCUCCUCUCCUCCUCCUCCUCCUCCUCCUGCCUACGACCUACACUCCCUCACGACCAUCACGACCAUCACAACCGCCCCAAACCCGUCUUCUGCUAGUCAAUAAUCCGCGUCAUUCGACUCUGCCGGCUGUGCUGGGUCGUGUGACGUCGAGCAGGUCGCCAUCGGCGAGGUUGGCUCAGCGCUCGUGCCUCCUCCCGGUCGUCAUCUCAUCCCUCCUUCAGUCCCUCUCUCUCCCCCUCGAUCCCGGCCCUGUUCUCGCUCUGCUCUCGUCCUUGGGUACUUCGCAGGAAAUAACCAUCGCCGUCCUUCGAUAAUUUGUUGAUAACUCGACUCUGCCCCCUCCGUUCUUUCGAUCUUCCUGCGAGCUGUGCUAUUUUGGGACUCUCCCCAGCCCCAGAUUUUCUCUCGCCGCAUCGAAGCGACCAGACAGACGCCCUUUUUUUCUUCUUCUUUUCUGUUAUUUUCUUUUUUUUUUUUUCUUUCGCAUCAUCCAACCCCCUCUUUCCAGUCAGAGCAUCCAAUCC